UUACAGCUUUCAUUGCCUAGUUACCAGUUGUGAGAAUGCUGAAGUAACUGCAAAUCAGUACUUUGACUUUUGAGUAGUUCCUCUCUGAUCUAGGGGAAUACAAAUCUAGGAAGCAAUUCUAUCUGAAGUGCAGGCAUUAUGGGAAACAUACUAAACAAGCUGCAAAUGUGGUAUGAUAUGUAUAUCGUACAAGUAAGGGAGCCGUCAAUCAAAUUAAUAGAUCCCAUCUUUCACCACCAUAAAAUCAAAACCUAUGGCAAUGAUUUGAGAAAUGAAGAGUUGUCCUUGGAGGAGAGAAGCAGAGCUGCACUACAUAUUGGUCUCUUAACUUACACAGGUGGUGUCACUGCUGCUGAACUUGCCAUUGAAUAUAUUCAAGACAUGAUUGAUAUUUUGAUCAUGCCAGACACUUCUGGGAAAGCAAGCAUCUCUGUGUUAAAAGGAUUAUGUGGUAUUUGUUACCUCAGCCCUAUGAACCAAAAUGAAACUAGAGAAAAUCAUCUUGCUGAAAUUCUCAUUUCUUAUCUGGAUGAAGAUGAAGAUUCCCCAGAUGCUGAUCCAGAUAUAACCCUUGUGAAGUUCUGGGUUUGUUAUCUGAUGACUAUUGUAUGUUGUAACAAUAUGCCUUAUCUUAAGUUAUUUAAUGAGGUGGGGGGGCAGAUGCUAGAGAAAAGGCUGGAAUCCUUGUCUGCUGCGGACUGGUUUGGCUGGCCACAAAACUAUGCCAAAAUAUUUCUGAUUAUGGCAUAUCCAAAAAUGCAAACCGAUAAAUAGAACUGGGCAGUUAUCCAGAAAUAAACUAAGCU